AUGGUUUCAUUCAAGUUGAAACAGUUGAAUAGCCUGGCUGUUUUAGCCUCGAGCCUCUUUCUUUCUACCGCCUUUGCGCUGACAAAAGAUCAAAUUGCGUUGCAACAUGCUGUCUACAAAGCACAAGGGUAUCAUAUCUUGCAGAAUCAAAACGUAGAAGGAUACUCUGUCAGAAUAAAACAGCCUCAAUCAUGUGAAGAAGGUGUACAAUACUCGGGCUACAUUGAUAAACAUGACACGAAUGAUCAUUUCUUUUUCUAUUUCUUUGAAUCAAGAACGGAUCCAGAAAAUGACCCUACUGUUCUAUGGCUCAAUGGUGGUCCUGGCUGUUCAUCGAUGAUGGGUUUAUGGAUGGAGUUGGGUCCCUGUCAAGUGAAUGAAUUUGGUAAUGGUACUAUACGAAAUCCUUAUAGCUGGAAUACGGCUGCCAAUGUCAUCUUUUUAGAUCAGCCAGUGAAUGUAGGCUAUAGUUACGGCGAUUCCAAGAUCCGUGAUACGAGUGAGUCCGCACGUGAUGUCUACGCAUUUUUACAGCUCUUCUUUUCAGAAUAUACGAAAUACGCUACGAGUCCUUUCCAUUUGGCAGGCGAGUCUUAUGCCGGUCAUUAUUUACCUGCUAUUUCAGCAGAAAUCAUUAAAAGAAACCAAGAGAUAGAGGAGAAGGGUACUGAUGCACAUGGAUUAUCUGUUAUGAUUGGGAAUGGAUGGACCAACCCACAAAUUCAAUUCCGCGAAUAUGCCGCGUACGGCUGCACCAACAAAGACAUUUCGGACAAGCCCAGCAGUGAGUACAGACCGUUCUUGAACCAAACGGUGUGUGCUGCUAUGAACAAUACGUAUCCACGCUGUCAAUCGCUGAUGGAUACUUGCUACCGCAAUCCCAGUCCUUCCACAUGCGUGCCUGCGGAUAUGUUUUGCGAACAAUCUCAAACAGGGGCAUUUGAUGCGACGGGAUUGAAUCCUUACGACAUACGUCGAGCCUGUGAGGGUACCAGUGGACUGUGUUACGAUCAAAUUGCUUUGAUUGAGCAGUAUGCCAAUUUACAAGAGGUCAAGGAGAAUUUGGGUGUCGAUAAGAGCAUUGUUCAAUACGAAAGCUGUAGUGACGCAGUAGGUUACCGAUUUUUCCAAGCAGGUGACAAUGCUCAUGAUUACACCCAAGAUAUUGCAUUGACGUUGGCAUCCGGCGUACGUGUAUUGAUUUAUGUCGGUGAUAUGGAUUGGAUCUGUAACUGGAUGGGUAAUUUGGCCUGGACUUUGGAAAUGGAGUGGUCUGGUAAAGAAGAGUACAAUCAAGCUCCUUUUGAGAGCUGGUACAGUGAUUUUACCGCUACGCAAGCCGGCGAGUCAAAAACAGCCAAUAAUCUGACGUUCUUGAAGAUAUUUGAUGCUGGACAUAUGGUACCGUUUGAUCAGCCCAAGAAUGCUCUAGACUUUGUCAACAAAUGGCUCAAUGGCUUCUCAUUAGUAAACUAA